AUGUCAAAAGAAGGGCUGAUGCGGAGAUUUGUAAUGGUUGUUGCAGCGCUUGGUGCUAUAAAUAUGUUUGUAUUUAUUGUAUCAUGGAAAGGACUGAACAAUAAACCUGAAUGUUCAUUAAAUAGUUUCCUCCGAUGGUCAGCAGACUUCAUUGCAAGCAAUGGACGACAUUCCAUUGCUGAUCACAUACCCGAAUCAUGUUCUAUGCCAUUUCUAGAUCAAAAGACAACCUUCCUUAAUGACUUCCGUUACGCCAUCAGAAGUUUGAUUCAUGAAUGCAAUUCCAGGAGGUUAUUGCUUUCUCCACACAAAGCAGUCUCGCCUCAGCCCAUACUUACUUUAUUUACUUCAUGGAAAGACGAAAUUCACGUGCGUGAUGUUCAUAAGAAAACAUUAACAAACUGGAGUCGAUUUUUACCGAACUUUAAUUUAGUGGUGUUUACAAACGACAGUACUGUAUCAACGCAAGCACAGGAUUACGGUUGGAUUACAUAUCCCAUCUUGCAUCAUGCCGCCGGCGGGGCUCCGGUGUUAAAAACGAUGUUUCAGACUGUAAUGACUGAUAUGAAUUCAACAUUUUACGGCUAUGCCAAUAGCGAUAUUUUAUUUACAGAUGCAUUAUCCGAAUCUCUUUAUCCGAUUGCGGAGAAAUUUAAGUCCCCAACAUCCGUGUUUAUAUCCGGUAUCAGGACUAAUGUACCGAAUGUGUCCCUCAAGGAAGCAGCGUCGUUCCCAAAUAUAGAGACAGCAGCCGUUCAACGAGGCAAGCUUUUCGAAAUCCAUUCUGCUGACUAUUUUUUCACGACAAAAUGGUUCCCUUGGGAUAAUGUACCGCCGCUUGUGAUUGGCCGCCGUGCUUAUGAUAACUACAUAGUGUCACAUGCGCGAAUGGCCAAGGCCAUUGUCAUUGAUGCGACAGAAACAAUUUCUGCCAUUCAUCAGACAACAUCAAAAGGCAACUGGGAGGGAAGUACACGACCGGAUGCAGACUACAAUCAUAAUUAUCUCGUAAAACAAGGAACCACUCCAAAUUAUGAAAGAGGUUUUACACCCUGUGCUGAGUGGAAGUUAUAUGAAACGCUAUGUGGUGAUAUAGAUGUAGUAAAAAGACAAUCGUUACCAAAGUAUUGUUUAUAA